UGCUCGUCGGCAGCCAUGGGGACAAGGAUGCUGCUGCCGAUUGUCGUGGGGCUGGCCCUGCUAGGUGGCCUCCAGGCCGUAAAGCCCACAGGCCGAGAAUUCAUCACCACCUUCCUGCAAAAUCACAAGUUGGACUACCCUGAAGCUCAGUUCCAGCUCUUCAUCUCCAGCUACUCACCCUCUACCACCAUCACCGUCUCAGUCUACAAAUCUAAAUUCCAGAGCAAAUUCUCCCUCCCCCAGGGCCAGACCAUGUCAGUGAAGAUACCAGCUUUUGCAGAGAUGGGCGGCACCACUAAAUUCUGCAACACCGUCUUGGUGACUGCUAACCAAGACAUCUCUGUGUUGGCCCUCAGCUCAAAGAAGAAUACAGCUGACACCACUGUGGUGUACCCGAUCCAUAAUCUAGGUGUGGAGUAUUACAUCUUCACACCUCCUGGGGAGUUGUCCAAGUCAUACAAGGAGUUCUCUGUCAUUGCAUGGCGGGAUCGCACUGCGGUGGAGAUCCACCUCAAGGGCAGUGUGAGAUUCCAGGAACGCAUCUAUCCAGCAGGCAGCAAGCUGAAUGUCAUCCUUUCUCCCUAUGAAGCCAUCCAGCUACAAAGCCGGCAAGAUCUUUCUGGCACUCUUGUUAAAUCGACACGACCGGUGGCGGUGCUGAGUGGGCAUACCUGUGCCAAUAUGAACACCAACUGUAACCAUGUUGUGGAGCAGCUCCUGCCAGUGUCUAGCUGGGGUCGGGCCUUCUUUCUCCUCCCGCUGUCCUUCCAGAUGAAGUAUGACCUUGCGUAUAUCAUUGCCUCCCAGACCACCACAGUCACCUGUGUCUCUGGUGGGAUCCAUACAAACUACAACCUUGUGGCUGGGCAGGAGCUUAAACUGAAAGUCACAAGUUCAGGCCCCAUCUACAUCACAGCCAAUGUUGGCAUCCAGGUCUUCUUCUUCAGCACUGGCGGUACCCAUUCUGGCCUGACUUUUGACCCUUUCUUCCUUACCAUCCCUGACGUGUUCAGAUACUGUACAUCCUACUCUCUUGGGGGCCAGGUGGGAUUUGAAAACUAUGUGUUCAUCAUCAUGAAGACUGCUGCUGUGGCUGGGAUCACCAUGGAUGGGCGCUCAUUGAGUGGUGCCUCUUGGAGACAGAUUCCAGGAACAGAAUACUCCUGGAGCGAGUACAGCCUGGGAAAGGGAGGAAGUACCCAUUCCAUGGCACAUCCCAGCAUCCCCUUUGGCUUGCUAAGUUUUGGUAUUGCCGAUAGGAAUGCCUAUGGUGCAGCGGCACUCUGCCAAAGCACCUCUCAACCUGCCCCUCAACCAUCCUGCAGUUCCACUCAGUGCCGGAAGAAGGAGACUUGCCAGAUCAUGAACGGCCAACCAGUGUGUUUGGCACAGUCAACUGCUACCUGCUGGUCACUAGGUGAUCCCCAUUACCAUACUUUUGACAAGCGGAAAUACAACUUCAUGGGCACCUGCACCUAUACCCUGGCCAAGACCUGCAGGUCAGACACGACCCUCCCAGCCUUCCACAUAACAGCCAAAAAUGAGAACCAAGGGAGGCAGAGUGUGUCCUUUGUUGGAUUGGUGAUGGUCCAGGUCUAUGGAUAUGAUAUAAGUGUGGCCAGAAAGGAGUAUGGCCUAGUCAGGGUUAAUAAUCAGCGCUCCCGGCUGCCUAUCUCCCUGCACGAAGGGAAAUUGUGGCUCUACCAGAGCGGGACCUCUGUCUCCAUUGAGACCGAUUUCUCACUGAGGAUUACCUAUGACUGGAACAACCGUCUCUUGGUGAAGAUUUCCAGCAGCUUCUCUGAGAACGUUUGCGGCUUGUGUGGUAACUACAACGGAGACCCUGCUGAUGACUUCCUGACCCCAAGUGGAUCCUUGGCCGCCAGCCCUGUGGAGUUUGGGCAGAGCUGGAAAGUGGAAGAUGGUGACAAGUUCUGCUGGAAUGAUUGUCAUGGAGAAUGCAAGAAGGUCACCUUGGAAGUGCUCAUCAAAUACAAAGUGGAACAUUUCUGUGGCUGGAUCAGCAAAAGGGAGGGCGGCCCAUUCAGCCAGUGCCACUCUGUCAUUGACCCUGAGAUCUUUGUGGAAAACUGUGCCUAUGAUCUCUACAUUUACGAAGGCCACCAAGAAAUUUUAUGCCAAGCACUGAAGAGCUAUGCUGAUGCCUGCCAGAGAGAAGGCGUGAUCCUUUCGGAUUGGAGGAAACUCACCGGUUGCUUUCUCUCCUGCCCUGAGAACAGCCAGUAUCAGAUCUGCGGCUCUGCAUGUCCUGCCACUUGCAACGACCAAGUGCUUCCUGCCAUCUGCUCUUCCUCGGGCUGUGUGGAAACUUGCCAGUGCAAUGAAGGCUUUGUGUUGGAGGCUGGGAAAUGCAUCCCAAAGGCAGCCUGCGGGUGUGUCUUUGAAGGGAAGCCCUUCUCCCCCGGCGAGCAGUUCUGGGGAGACCGCACAUGCACGAGGCGCUGUGUCUGUGACCCACAAAGCAAGCAAAUGAAAUGCCAGCCUGCCAGCUGCAAGGAUGGGGAGCAGUGCAAGGUGGUGAAUGGCAUUCAGAACUGCUACCCAACCAGCUAUGUCACCUGCUCCACCGCCGGUUACUCUCAUUACCACAGCUUUGAUGGCCAGAGUUUUAGCUUCCAGGGUACCUGUCUCUACACGUUUGCUGGACUCAGUCAGAAGCGGCAAGACUUGGUGGAUUUCCAGGUCUUGGUCCAGCACUCCCGCCACGGUGGCUGGUCCAUGUCCCUCAACAAGUUGGUCAAGGUCCAAGUCUAUGGCCUGGAGAUAACUCUCAGCUGGGCUUAUCGGGGAAAAGUCAUGGUGAAUGGCUUGCUGACCAACUUGCCCUACCGCGUGGGACUGGACCAAAUCCUCAUCUACCAAAUGGGAUGGGAUACUGUGAUCCAAACAGCUUUUGACCUCACCGUCAUCUUUGACUUCCAAAGCCGUCUCACCGUCACCGUGCCAAAAACCUAUGAAGGGGCCCUCGGUGGUCUCUGCAGCAACUUCAACAACAAGAGAGAUGACCUGACAUCCGGUGACUCUGGGUCAGCCUCAGUUUCGACAGCCCUGGGCCAGCGCUGGAAGGUGGCAGAGUCCCUGGGAUGUGGAGAAGUGAACCCCGGGGUCUGUCCAGGGUUGGAAAACGUUGCCCAGCAUCAACGAGGCAUCAGCACAGAAUGUGGACUUCUGGUGGACAAGAAGGGCCCAUUUAGGGAGUGCCAUGGCAGAAUUGACCCAGAGAUGUUUUUCCUGGACUGUGUAUAUGACUACUGUAUGUUUAAUGGUCAGAAAGCUGUGCUGAGACACAUCAUUGCUGCUUAUGCUGCAGCCUGUCAAACCUUACAGGUGACCAUAUAUAUCUGGAGGAUCCACAUAUUAUGGAAGCCGGUCUGUCCCCGAAACAGCCACUACGAGCUCUGUGCCAGGAGCUGUCAACAGACCUGCAGCAGCCUCUACUCCUCUCUGCCUUGCUCAGCACCCUGCAAAGAAGGAUGCGUCUGCAAUGAAGGCUUUGUGCUCAGUGGUGACCGUUGUGUCCCCAUGUCCCAGUGCGGCUGCGUCUACCAGGAGCAGUACUACUCCGCCGGGCAAAUCUUCUACCCAACCCACAAGUGCAAUGUUCAGUGCGUGUGCCAAGCUGGCGGAGCAGUCACCUGCAAGGAAUUCUCCUGCGGCCCUGACGAGGAAUGCAGGGUGGUGGAUGGCAUCCAGAAAUGCCAGCCAGUUGGCUCGGCCACUUGCUCUAUUUCUGGUGAUCCUCACUAUGUCUCCUUCGAUGGAGUCCACUUUAACUUCCAGGGCACCUGCACCUACAUCCUUGCGAAGACUGCCGUCGCAGGCGAGAAGAACCUGACUGCCUUUACAGUUGUUGAAGAGAAUGAGGCCUCAGAGAACGCAAAAGUCUCUGCCACAAAGAUGGUCUCUGUGGAUGUCUACGGCAUCACUCUUACCCUGAUGCAGAACAAGAAAGGACAGAUCAAGGUUAAUGGAGUGUUCCGGUCCCUCCCUGUUGCACUUUCUGAUGGACACCUCAGAGCCUAUCAGCAUGGCACUAAAGUCAUCAUACAAACUGACUUUGACCUCGUUGCGAGCUAUGACCUGGCUUACCGUGUGACGGUCACCGUCCCAGGCACUUACCGGGGCCAGAUGCGCGGCCUGUGCGGGAACUACAAUGGGAAGAAGGACGAUGAGCUUCUGCUCCCCGACGGCAGGACAACCUCUGACAUAGCUGCAUUUGGUGCUGCCUGGAAGGUUCCAGUUCCUGGGGCAGAUGGAUCUUGCUCAGACGGAUGCUCUGGGAACAAUUGCCCAGCUUGUGAAGAAAAGAAAAAGGAUAUUUUCAAGCAGCGCAACUACUGUGGGAUCCUCACUGCAUCUGACAGCCCCUUCAGUGCUUGCCACAGCAAGGUGGACCCCAAUGUGUACUUCAGCAACUGCAUCUAUGACCUGUGCCUGGGCAACGGGGACAGCCAGGCCUUGUGUCAGAGUAUCCAGAGCUAUGCAUCUGCUUGCCAAGAAGCCAGGAUCCCUAUCCAGCCCUGGAGGAGUCCAUCCUUCUGUCCUCUGAGCUGCCCUCCAGACAGCCACUACGAGUUCUGUGCUGAUCUCUGCUCCACUGACUGCGCUGGGAUCACUGACUCCAGAAUAUGCCCUGAGACUUGCACAGAGGGCUGCCAGUGCGAUGAUGGAUUCUACUUUGAUGGCCUCGGCUGUGUCACAGUGGAGAGCUGCGGAUGCUUUGACAAUGGAACUUAUUAUAAGCCCAAGGAAAAGGUCCUGCUAAAUGAAUGCCAGCAAAUCUGCAGCUGCAUCCCAGGCCAAGGAGUCACCUGCGAGUCACACAGUUGCACCAGUGACGAGACCUGCAAGGUCCAGGAUGGAGUCAUGAGCUGCAUCAAUAAAGACCCUUGCAAAGCCUUCAAGUGUCGUACCAAGGAGACGUGUAAGCUGGAGAACGGCAGAGCAACCUGUGUCCCAGAUUACAACGAGACCUGCUGGGGCUGGGGAGACCCUCACUACCACACUUUCGAUGGGAUGGACUUUGACUUCCAGGGCACCUGCACCUACACAAUUGCCAAGUAUUGUGGCAACGACACCACCUUGGUGCCCUUCUCUGUGGAUGAGAAGAAUGAUAAUCGGGGCAGCCAGACCAUGUCCUUUGUGAGACAGACCAACAUCAAUGUGUACGGGCACAGCAUCUCCAUCCAUAGGAAGGAAGUGGGCAAAAUCCGGUUGAACGGCAUCACCACGAGCCUGCCCAUAACUCUGGAGGAUGGGAAGUUGUGGCUUUUCCAGAGCGGCCUGAAUGCUGUGUUGCAAACUGACUUUGGCCUGGUAGUUACUUUCGAUUGGAGCAUGAUAGUGGAGAUCACCUUGCCCAGCAGUUACUACGGCACCAUCUGUGGCCUCUGUGGGAAUUUCAACCAAAACCCAGAUGACGACAUGUUGACUCCAGCAGGCAACAAGCCUGCUUCUGUGGUGGAGUGGGCUGGGAGCUGGAAAGUGAACGACCGUGACCCAUUCUGCUGGCACUUCUGCCAGGGGAACUGCCCGACAUGUGACGAGAGCCAACGACAGCUCUUUGAAAGUGAGGAAUUCUGUGGACUUCUCACCAAGCUGGAUGAGGGACCCUUCCAUGAAUGUCACAGCAAGUUAAACCCUGACAACUUUUUUGAUAGCUGCCUUUAUGACGUCUGCCUCAACGGUGGUGCCAAAAAGAUCCUGUGCCAAGCGUUGGAUGCUUAUGCUACCAAUUGCCGCAAGGAAGGUGUGAUCAUCCAUGACUGGAGAGCACAAAGCGGCUGUGCUCUGCCCUGCUCUGAGAACAGCCACUAUGAGGCCUGUGGAAACGCCUGCCCAGCCAGCUGCUCUGACCGCUCUGCUCCUUCGACUUGCGAUAAGCCAUGCGUGGAAACCUGCCAGUGUGACCAAGGCUACAUACUCAGUGCUGACAAAUGUGUCCCAGUGGGGAGCUGUGGCUGCACCCAUGAUGGUCUCUACUAUAAGCCAGAGGAGGAGUUCUGGGCUGACGUGAGCUGCAGGUCUCGCUGCAGGUGUGACCCAAGCCUGGGCAUGGUGGUGUGUCACCCAGCCAGCUGCAAGGCUAGUGAAAGGUGCAUGACAGUGGACGGGAUCCGGGGCUGUCAUCCCAUCGGUUAUGCCACUUGCACAGCAACUGGGGACCAUCACUACGCCACCUUUGAUGGGAAGAGAUAUGAUUUUGCCGGCACGUGCAUCUAUCAGCUGGUUGGGCUUUGCUCCCAGGACCCUACUCUCACCCCAUUCACCAUCAUGAUCCAGAACAGCCAAGGCAGUAAGACAAUGCCAUUCUCUUCUGUGGUUACAAUGGAAAUCUACAACAGAACCAUUAUAAUCUGCCAGGAGCACCCUCACACAAUCCAGGUGGAUGGAGUAUUUGUGGAUUUGCCCUUCUACCAUGAAGAUAAGAUAAAGGCCUACAUCAGCGGAGCCCAUGUCCUUAUAGUGACCAAGUUUGAUCUUACUGUAACCUUUGGCUGGAACAGACUCGUCCACGUCACUGUUCCCAACAGUUAUCUCAAGGCGGUUUGUGGCCUCUGUGGCAACUAUAACCAGAACUCUAAUGAUGAUCUGAUCAUGAAGGAUGGGAGCCUGGCAGCCAAUGUCAACCAGUUUGCAGAGAGCUGGAAGAUAGGUGAGAUCCCUGGUUGUGUGAAUGGAUGCGCCAGCAACUGCCCAGUGUGUGGAGAAACACAGAAACAAACCUACAAGGAGAGCCAGUACUGUGGGAUCCUCAUCAAAAAGGAUGGGCCAUUCAGGCAGUGCCAUGAAGCCAUCGACCCAACAGCCUACUUUGAUGAGUGUGUCAUUGAUGUCUGCCAGUACAAGGGCCACCAUGAUACUCUGUGCAGCGCCAUCAGUGCCUAUGUGACAGCCUGCCAAGCUCAAGGGAUCCAGAUUGGGCAGUGGCGAUCAGCCUCCUUCUGCAGCCCUUCCUGCCCCCGUAAUUCCCACUAUGAUCUCUGUGGCAAUGGAUGCCCUGUCACCUGCCAUGGCCUCUCAGCUCCUGAUGGGUGUAAGAUGUCCUGCAAAGAAGGCUGCUACUGCAAUGCUGGGUUCGUCCUGAGUGGAGAUCAGUGCGUUCCUAUCGGGGACUGUGGGUGUGUGUACCAAGGCAGGUACUACAAGAAGGGAGAUGAUUUCGUCCCCAACUCCUCCUGCCAUGACAGAUGCCGCUGUGGAGACAAUGGAGUCAUGGAGUGUCAGAAGGUCUCCUGUGGGGCUCAAGAGGAAUGCCGGGUGGAGAAUGGCAUCCAAGGCUGCCACUCCGUGGGCUGUGGCAAAUGCAGUGUGGCUGGAGGAACUCACUACUUCACCUUUGAUGGGCAGACCUUCAACUUCUCAGGUUCCUGUACUUACACCUUGGCCAAAGUCUGCAGCAGUGAUCCUGAGCUUGCACACUUUUCGGUGGUGGUGGAGAACGAGAGAUCAGGUGAAGGCAGAGUUGUGGCAAAGACCGUUGUCAUCACCGUGCAUGGUUAUGUCAUUCGUCUUGUGAAGGGGAUGACCUGGAAGGUUCUGGUGGAUGGAGAGACUCAUGCCCUGCCAGUGGUCAUAGAGAAAAGAGAGGUUUGGGUAAACCAAGAAGGGAAGAAUAUCGUGCUCCAGACAGAUUUUGGCCUCAAGGUCCUGUAUGAUUCCUCCCAUUAUGUCCUGCUGUCUGUUCCCAGCACGUAUCAAGGACACGUCUGUGGCCUGUGUGGCAACUUCAACGGUAACAGGGGUGACGAAUUUCAACUGCCUGAUCAGAGGAGUACAGAGAACGUGACAGAAUUUGGAGCAUCCUGGAAGGUGUCAAUCAAUAAUGCCGGUUGUUUGGAUGGCUGCAGGCAGCACUGCUCCUUGUGUGAUGCUGUUCAGACAAGGCCGUACCAGGCUGAGAACUCCUGUGGCUUGAUUCAAGCAGCAUCAGGCCCUUUUAGCGAGUGCCACUCCCUGGUGAAGCCCACUGAGUACUAUAAUCACUGCCUUUAUGACUUGUGUGCUGCCAAUGGGGCAAAGGAGAUCCUCUGCCAGAGCCUUCAGGCCUACGUAGCUGUGUGCCAAGCAGCUGGAGCCAAUGUCAAGGCUUGGAGGACAGCCUCCUUCUGCCCCCUUUCUUGCCCAGCCAACAGUCACUAUGAGCUGUGCACCAGAUCCUGCGACCUGACAUGUGCAGGCCUAUCUGCUCCCACCCUGUGCAGCAAGAAAUGCUUUGAAGGCUGCCAAUGCAAUGCCAGCUAUGUGUCUGAUGGAGAAACAUGUGUGCCGAUGGAAAGGUGUGGCUGUGUGCAUGACGGGCGCUACAUCAAGGCUGAAGAAAGCAUCAUCUCCAGGGAUUGCUCUGAAAAAUGCACCUGUCACGCCUCAGGCCGACUCGCCUGCGAAGAAAUGAGCUGCAAGAAAGGGGAGACGUGUGUGCUCAAGAAUGGUGCACGCGGCUGUGUGAAGCAGGAAGGGCAGUGUACUCUCACCGCAGGAGCUCAGCUCACCACCUUUGACGGUGUCUCAGGGGAAAUACUUUACCGUGGAGCCUAUGAGGUUGUCUCUCUCUGUGACACCGCAGCCCGCGCCUGGUUCCGGGUGGUGGUGGAUGUAAGGGACUGUGCUGAUGGGCAGGUCAUGGCUGGUGCUGCAGUCUAUGUCUUCUUCCGUGAGGCCUUUAUUGCCAUCAACAAGAACAAAGAGGCUUGGGUGAAUGGACAGCCAGUGCAACUCCCAGCCACUGUCUCUGAAGUUGUGUCUGUGAGCCUCUCCCAGGAUGUUGUUACAAUCAACCAUGGGACUGGUCUUCAGGUCCUCUUUGGCCUUAGAGGGGAAGUGACAGUGAAGGUUAAAGACAGCCUGGCAGGCAAGCUGUGUGCUUCCUGCGGAAACUUCAAUGGUGACAGCUCUGAUGACCUGAUACAACCCAAUGGGAAGGUGGUGGAGAGCAUCAUUGAAGUUAUUGAUGCUUGGAAGGCCAGAGACUUCAUUGGCUGUGAGGAAUAGCCUAAAGUGACCAUCAAGACAGGCUCCUGCAUGCUGCAUCAGUGAUCAUCACCCACAGCUGCUUCUCACAAUAUGGCCUUUGAGCAUGGAUACUUGCCAAGCCUGAACAAGCUGUAAAAACAAGGAUAUUGUAAAGUACA